AUGGUUUGGACUCUUUAUCAUCCUUCUCUUCCAAAACCACUCAACCUGUUUUGUAAUGAAAAAUAUCAAAUUGGUAGAAACCAAAACGCACCAGAUGGUUUCAUUUUGAUUCACCUCCCACACCACAGUAUUAGUGGAACUCAUCUUCACAUUGAAAUCAAAAAUUAUGACACUCAUUUAAGAAUGCAUCCAAUUAGAAUUACUGACUUAUCUACUUAUGGUACUUUUUUUGGUGGUACAGAACGUUUAGAAAAAUCUCGUCAUUAUACAAUAACAGAACGUAGAUUCAUUUUAAAACUUGCUUCAGAGCCAAAAGAAAUAGAAUUAAAGUAUACAAACUAUGACUUUUAUUGUCUUGGAAUUAUUCCUCCUCAACGUGUACAAACAGAAAUUCUUCGAUUUGGAAUGGUUGUUGAGCAAAUAGAAGAUUGUUCUCAUGUUGUUUGUAAACAAAUUAUGGAAAUUGAAGAGACUGCAAUUGGAUUAAUUUGUGGAAAAAAGUUUAUUACUCAAAAAUGGUUUUCAGCAUUACAAGAUAUUGAACAUUCAUUUCCUAAUGAAAAAGAAUUUUUCCCUCCAAAUGAAUAUCCAGAAAAUGGUGAAAUUCCAUGUAAUGAUGAACGAAAACAUUUAUUUAACCAAUGGUCAUUCAUUGGUGGAGAUGAAAAUACAACUGGUUUAGUUAGAUUAUGUGGUGGACAAUCUGGUAUUAAUAGGCAAUUUGUAUGUUAUGUUGAGGAUGGAAUAUCAACAGAUGAGCUUUCAAUUGAUCAUUACAGAAUUACACCAGAUGAUUUAGUUAAAGCCAUUAUCUAUGAGAAUCUUCAGAUUAUUCAACAUACUCAUAUUGUUAUUAAAAAUGAUCAAAAUGAAAAAUCAACACUCAUCAAUAUAGAAGAUGAUAGUUUUACUAAAGAACAAGAUAUAAAAUAUGAAACAUUUGAAGAGCCAAUGACAACUGAGAUUUCAUUUCAAUCAAGAAAGGUACCAAUAGAAGUGGUUGAUGUUGAUUCAAAUAAAACAAUAUUUUGUGAAUUUGGAAAUAAAUAUUCUUCAACAGAAAAUGAAAUACUUAACCAAAUCAAAAAAGAAGAAACUAAACCAAACUUAAAUAGUCAAAUAAGUCGUCAACAUCUUUUAAAACAACGAAUAUCGAAUUUACCACAACAAUCUUUCAUUGAAGAAAUUAAAGAAUUUACAGAAAUAACACCAGAUAUACCAUUAGCAACUCAAAUAGUUCAUUUUAAACCAAAAACAAUUUUUAAGAAACAAGUAAUGGUAAGAUAUUUAUCAGAUGAUAUUAAAUUUACUUUUGUAAGCUUCAAAUGA